AGUUUCAUCCGGUUAAACUGUCUCUUUUUCAAUCCGCUACAACAACAAACGUGCACAGGGGAGCGCGGGCAGGGCGCUCGCAGGGGGCGCGCAGGGAGGGCCCAGGGGCCGCAGAGGCCGCGCCCGGCUGAUCCGAAGGGGCUGCGAGGUCAGGCUGCAACCGGGUCAAUGUGUGGAAUAUUGGGGGGCUCGGCUGCAGACUUGGCCAAAUGGACGGGACUAUUAAGGAGGCUCUCUCGGUGGUGAGUGACGACCAGUCCCUCUUCGACUCCACGUACGGAGCAGCCCAUCUCCCCAAGGCCGACAUGACCGCCUCAGGGAGUCCUGACUAUGGCCAACCCCACAAAAUCAACCCCCUCCCACCACAGCAGGAGUGGAUUAAUCAGCCGGUGAGGGUCAAUGUCAAGCGGGAGUAUGACCACAUGAAUGGAUCCAGGGAGUCUCCGGUGGACUGCAGCGUUAGCAAAUGCAGCAAGCUGGUUGGCGGAGGCGAGUCCAAUGCCAUGAACUACAACAGCUACGUGGACGAGAAGAGCGGCCCCCCUCCUCCCAACAUGACCACCAACGAGAGGAGGGUCAUCGUCCCCGCAGACCCCAUGCUGUGGACGCAGGACCACGUGCGGCAGUGGCUGGAGUGGGCGAUAAAGGAGUACGGCUUGAUGGAGAUCGACACAGCCUUUCUGCAGAACAUGGACGGCAAGGAACUGUGCAAAAUGAACAAGGAGGACUUCCUCCGAGCCACCUCCUCCUACAACACAGAAGUGCUCUUGUCACACCUCAGUUACCUCAGGGAAAGUUCACUGUUGACCUAUAACUCCACUUCCCACGCAGACCAGUCCCCACGGCUGAGCGUCAAAGAAGACCCUUCUUACGACUCAGUCAGGAGAGGAACAUGGAGCAAUAACAUGAAUUCUGGCCUCAACAAAAGUCCUCCCCUUGCAGGAGCACAGACAAUGAAUAAGAGUACUGAACAACGGCCCCAACCAGAUCCAUAUCAGAUCCUGGGCCCAACCAGCAGUCGCCUAGCCAACCCCGGAAGCGGGCAGAUCCAGCUGUGGCAAUUCCUCCUCGAGCUACUCUCUGACAGCAACAACGCCAGCUGUAUCACCUGGGAGGGGACCAACGGGGAGUUCAAAAUGACGGACCCCGACGAGGUGGCCAGGCGCUGGGGGGAGCGGAAAAGCAAGCCCAACAUGAAUUACGACAAGCUGAGCCGGGCCCUCCGAUACUACUACGAUAAAAACAUUAUGACAAAAGUGCAUGGCAAAAGGUAUGCCUACAAAUUUGACUUCCAUGGCAUUGCCCAGGCUCUGCAGCCACAUCCAACUGAGUCGCCCAUAUACAAGUACACUCCUGAUAUCUCCUACAUGCCUUCCUACCACGCCCAUCAACAGAAGGUGAACUUUGUUUCUCCCCACCCACCCACCAUGCCUGUCACUUCCUCCAGCUUCUUUGGAGCAGCCUCACAGUACUGGACCUCCCCCACGGGCGGAAUCUACCCCAACCCCAAUGUCCCCCGCCACCCUAACACCCAUGUGCCCUCACACUUAGGCAGCUACUACUAGAAGCCUAAACGUCGGUGGCCUUCUAGCUGAAGCCCCAGCCCUCACACUUCCUGGAAUACUUUGGACUCUAAAGGACACACGUGGCCUUGACAAGAAAACAAAACUGGAUGUUCUUUCUUGUUGGAUAGAACCUUUGUAUUUGUUCUUUAAAAACAAAUUCUUUUUUUU